AUGACACUCGAAAAAGACUCGUUUGAAGGUCUUAUGAGCUCCUUGAACUUGGACUCAGACAAGUUCACCACCUACAAAGUGCACGAUGACCUCAAUUACCAGCAAUUGCUGUUGAUCAAAAAAGAGCUUGAAAAUCAGUUGUCGGCUCUCUUCGAUAUAUUGGCCACCAAUUUCGCCGCCGAAAUGAGCACUCCCUUAGUGACGCCUGAUGGGUUUCCGCGUGAUGAUAUCGACGUGGUAGGCAUUCGACUUGUACGUGUUCGAAUUAUCCGUUUACGAAAUGACCACAAACGUGUAUUGGCAAUGAUUGAAUCGAAACUACAAGACCAGUUUAAAGCAGUAGAUUCAUCUGCGAUAGAACAAAAGACGUCGACGAUACAGUCUCUGGUUCCAUUUGCGGUGAUAGAAGACGUGCUCGAAAACAGUCCAGCCGACAGGGCUGGGCUUCAGAAACGCGAUCGUAUCGUUGUUUUUGGUGGAGAUAUUCACGCAGGAAACCACAACAAGUUGGCAUCCGUUGUGGCACGAGUACAAACCAGCAUUGACACACCUGUAGACGUACGGGUAUUGCGAGCCGAGUCGGUGGUGGAGUUGCAGUUGGUGCCUUCUAACAGUUGGAAUGGAAGAGGUCUUUUGGGUUGCAAAAUCGUACCCUUAUAG